AUGGCGCCGCAAGACCGUCUAAACCAAGUCUCCUCCCACCUCACCUUUCCCCAGGGACUUUUCCACAACCAAACAGUCAUCGUCACCGGAGCAGGUCAGGGCAUUGGCGCCGAAGCAGCGCGCUUAUUUGCUAAUGAAGGUGCCAAGGUAGUCGUUGCUGAUAUUGAUCAGGUCAAAGCAGACGCAGUCGUCAAAGCAAUCAAUGACAUCUCGCCCAACCGCGCAAUCGCCGUUGUAGGCGAUGUCAUGGAUGCGACUUAUAUCGAUACACUGGUGAAGAAAUCCGCUGAAUUCGGCGGUGGAAAGAUUCAUGUCAUUGUCAAUAAUGCCGGAUUUACAUGGGAUGGGGUUAUUCACAAGAUCACCGAUAAACAAUGGGAUACCAUGCUUUCGGUUCACAACACAGCACCAUUCAGACUCAUUCGAGCUGCUGCACCUUAUUUCCGAGUAAAGGACAAGGAACCUCGGGUUAUUAUCAACAUUAGUUCUACCAGCGGAACUCACGGCAAUGCAGGACAAGCAAACUACUCCCUCGCCAAAGCAGGUCUCGUCGGCCUCACAAAAACAAUAGCUAAAGAAUGGGGACCCCAAUUCGGUGUUCGCGCCAACACAGUCGCAUUCGGGUACAUCACCACACGACUCACAGCCGCAAAGGAAGAUGGCGCAACGUUCGUAGCCGCGGACGGUACAAAGGUUGCUUUGGGGAUACCCGGGCGGAAACCGUCAUCAUCUGCCCAAGGCUCAGCAGUGACUGCUCAUAAUGAUAUUCCGCUUAGGAGACCGGGAAGCCCCGAGGAGGCGGCUAGGGCGAUUGUGGGUGUGGCAAGUCCAUGGUUUUCGUAUGUUAAUGGGGAGACUAUUGAGGUUACUGGAGGGAGGAAUAUUUGA